UUCUUUAUUAAACAUCCUUCAUCAUUUCUUUUGUUUUUUUAUAGAAAAAAUCACAUUAUAAAAAAUAAAGAGUUCAACAACUCUUACACAACCACCCUAAUAAGGCGGGAGAGAUCAAUAAGUAGCUCCAGUCCUGACUCUUGUGGCUCACGACGUAAUCAGUGUAGGUUUAAUGGAGAAUCCUAACGAGGUUUCGUUAGAACCCGAAUUAACUGAUCUUGUAGACGGUGCGGUUGACUACAGUGGCCAACCCGCCGUUAGAUCCAAAUCUGGUUACUGGAGAUCCGCUUGGUUCAUCAUAGGUGUGGAAGUUACAGAAAGAAUGUCAUUUUAUGGAAUUCAAGGAAACUUGAUAUCUUAUCUAACUGGACCACUCAAACAGACCACUGCAUCAGCUGCUAAGAAUGUGAAUAUCUGGGCUGGAACCGCUUCUCUUCUUCCUCUCUUAGGUGCUUUUGUUGCUGAUUCUUUUCUCGGACGAUACCGCACUAUCAUAAUCGCUUCUCUCAUCUAUAUCUUGGGACUUGGCUUGUUAGCAUUAUCAGCUAUGCUUCCUUCCGUCAUCAAAACUAAAUGUCAAGUUGAUAGUAAAUUCAUGUUAUGCUCCCAACAUUCACAAGUAAUCUUAUUCUUCGUAUCGCUCUAUCUAGUUGCUAUUGGACAAGGUGGACAUAAACCUUGUGUUCAAGCUUUUGGCGCGGAUCAGUUUGACGAAAAACAUCCCAAGGAGCACAGAGCUAGAAGCUCGUUCUUUAAUUGGUGGUUUUUUACAAUGGUUGGGGGUUGCGCGGCGACGCUUUUUAUAUUGAACUAUAUACAAGAUAACUAUAGUUGGGUUCUUGGAUUUGGGAUCCCUUGUGUUGUGAUGAUCGUUGGUUUGAUUGUUUUCUUGCUUGGAACGAUGACAUAUAGGUUUAACAUUAAGGGUAAUGACAAGAGUCCUUUUCUAAGAAUCUGUCGGGUAUUCGUUGCAGCUAUAAGAAAUUGGCGAAAUACCUCACCAAGCAUAAAUGUUGAAGAGGAAUGUGAUGCAAUGCUUCACCAUCAAAGUUCCGAUCAAUUCAACUUCCUCAACAAGGCAUUGUUAACACCAAAAGGAUCUAAAGAAGAAAACAACUGUAGCAUUAGCGAGGUUGAAGAAGCAAAGGCAAUACUAAGGUUGGUUCCAAUUUGGACUACAUGUUUGGUUUAUGGUAUUGUCUUUGCUCAAGUUUUCACAUUCUUCACCAAGCAAGGGAAAUCUAUGGAGAGAACAAUAUUUCCCGGUUUCGAUAUACCCCCAGCUUCACUUCAAACGAUUAACAGUCUCGCCGUUGUUCUCUUCAGCCCUAUCUACGAUCGCAUUUUUGUGCCAAUAGCACGAGCUAUCACAGGAAAACCAUCAGGCAUCACAAUGCUUCAAAGGAUCGGAACCGGAAUUUUUAUAUCCAUAUUCAUAGUGGUAUUUGCAGCAUUUGUUGAGAUUAAAAGAUUAAAACUAGCAAAAGAGUAUGGUCUUGUUGAUGAUCCUGAUGCAACUGUUCCAAUGAGUAUAUGGUGGUUGAUUCCUCAAUAUUUUUUGUUUGGUGUUUCUGAGGUUUUUACUAUGGUUGGUCUUCAAGAGUUUUUCUAUGAUCAAGUUCCAAAUGAACUAAGAAGCAUGGGACUUGCACUCUAUUUGAGUAUUGUUGGUGUUGGAAGCUUUCUUAGUAGCUUUCUGAUUUCUAUGAUUGAAAAUCUUAGUAGCAAAGAUGGUCAUGAAAGUUGGUUCUCUGACAAUAUCAAUAAGGCACAUCUUGAUUAUUUUUAUUGGCUACUUUCUGGAUUAAGUUUGGUGGGGUUUACUUUGUUCAUUUAUUUUUCAAAAUCUUACAUUUAUAAUCACAAAGGUAUCAUCAAGAUAGUCACUCGUUAGUUUUUAUUUAUUUGUUUAUUUAUUUAUUAUGUCAUAUUUGUAUUGAUGGUAGUUUGAUAUGCAUGGUAGUGAAGUAAGGUUUAAUAAUAAUAUGAUUGGUCAACUUUUAAUAAUAUCAUGUACUCCUGUGAGGAAAAAAAUCACUCCAUCUUUUUAACUUGCAAUUGUUAGGUUCAAAGUUUCAUUAAGAAAUUUGUUUUUGGUGUUAUGUUUUUUCAUUCAUGUCCAAUUUUUUUUUUAUAAUUAAAAAGUAUAAAUUGAUUAGAGGUGAAAAACAAUCGGAAGCAGAUUAACUAACUAACAUCACAUAUCAAUUAUAACAA